GCGGUCAUUUUGCAAUUUAGUCCUCAGCCUUUUCCCGACCGAACCCGAAGUCCCUCUGUGUAGUCGCUUUCUUCCUCCUUCCUCUCCGACCGGCCGGCACCGCCGACGCCGUUCCCCUCCGCGCAGCUCCACGCUGCCUGCGUCUCCUCUUCCUCCCUCGCAGUUCCUCUCCCUCCCCAGCGCCGGCGCCCUCUCCCUUGCGUGCGUUACCGGCGCUCUCUUCCUCUCGCAUGUCCCUCUGCAUCGGUGAAAAUCCGAUUUUUCCCCCUCCGGAUCUUCGAUCUGCAGCGGCCGUGCUCAAUCUGCGGCGGAGACUACCAAGACGGCGUGACAGAGCUGCUCUGCCGGUUGCCUGCACGGGGCUGCUGCUGCUGGUUGCCAGCAGCGGCGUCGGGAUGGUGGCGGCAAGGGGGCGGCGAGCUCCGACAUGUUCCUCCAUCCGCUCUAGGACUCCACCACCAAGCACACCAACCUCAAGAGAGUGCAGAGGAGCAGCAGCAGCAGCAACAACAACACGGGCACGGGAGAAGCAGGCGACAGGGGAGAAUUACGGGAGACAACAGAGCUCCACCAGCAGGAGCUCGAGGAGAAGCAACAGUGGGAGCCCGGGAAGAAGCGGCAACCGGAGCUCAAGGAGAAGCAACAGCGGGAGCUCGAGGACGCGCGGGAGAGCAGUUCUGGAUAGCGGCGGCAGACCAGUUCUGGGCGGAAGCGCAGAUCUUGGCGGCGGCGCAGGUAUGGGCGGCGACGACAGAGCAGUUGGGCGGCAACGCAAGUCUGGGCGGCGGGAGGGGAUCGAGGCGGCGGAGGCGACGCCCCUAGGAACCGCGGCUGGAGGGGACCGCAGCUGGCCGGCGACGCUCGGGCGACGAGCAGAGGAAGAAGACGGGGCGGAGGGGUCUGUUUGAGACAAUUUUUAGAUGACGAGGUUUUGUUUGCAAAUUUAACAAUGAACUGGGCGUGCGACAUGAAUUUCGGGACGGAGGGAGUAUAUCUCACAUCCUAUUGGGCAAACUAGAUACAACCUAUUGAAGUUUUUGUAUGUUAAGUAUUGGUAGAUGACAUGUCAUAUUUUACCAACAAUCUAACAUACAAACGGUUGGAAAUGCCCUAAGCAAGGAGAAAUAAAAAAAUAAAAGAAAAAAAUCUUGAAGUAAUCAAAACAACAAAUUACAUCAAUGGCUGCACCAACCAUCUUUUGUCACCAUAAAGACUCUAAGAAAGGUUCUUCAACCUCAGCGCCUUCAUGAAGAGAAUGACGCUCAAGCGCCACCGUCAUCGAAUCCAACCACCAAAGGGUAGAUUCGGUUUUGGCUUCGAGCAAUGCCUUCAGGAAGGUAACGACGC